AUGGGCGAGGGCGGGCUGCCCCCGGCCUUCCAGCUGCUGCUGCGCGCCUGCGAUCAGGGCGACACGGAGACUGCGCGGCGGCUGCUGGAGCCGGGGGCUGCGGAACCCGCGGAGCGCGGCGCGGAGCCCGAGGCGGGCGCGGAGCCGGCGGGGCCCGAGGCGGCCGGGCCCGGGGCGGCGGCCGGAGCACCAGUGCCCGUGGACUGCUCGGACGAGGCGGGCAACACGGCGCUGCAGUUCGCGGCGGCCGGGGGCCACGAGCCGCUGGUGCGCUUCCUGCUGCGACGCGGCGCCUCGGUCAACAGCCGCAACCACUACGGCUGGAGCGCGCUCAUGCAGGCGGCCAGAUUUGGGCACGUGAGCGUGGCACAUCUUCUUUUGGAUCACGGGGCUGAUGUCAAUGCCCAGAACCGCCUGGGGGCCAGUGUGCUCACCGUGGCCUCUCGGGGUGGACACCUGGGCGUGGUGAAGCUGCUCCUGGAAGCUGGUGCCUUCGUGGACCAUCACAAACCCUCAGGCGAUGGGGACGGCGGGGACGAACUGCUGGAUAUCACGGCCCUGAUGGCUGCUAUCCAGCAUGGCCACGAGGCUGUGGUGCGUCUGCUGAUGGAGUGGGGCGCCGACCCCAACCACGAGGCCCGGACUGUGGGCUGGAGCCCGUUGAUGCUCUCAGCACUCAUCGGGAGGCUUGGCCUGGCCCAGCAGCUAGUGGAGAAGGGGGCCAACCCCGACCACCUCAGUGUGCUGGAGAAGACUGCCUUCGAGGUGGCACUUGACCGCAAGCACAGGGACCUUGCAGACUACCUGGACCCACUGACCACCGUCAGACCCAAGACAGAUGAGGAGAAAAGGCGACCUGAUAUUUUCCACGCAUUAAAAAUGGGAAACUUCCAGCUGGUCAAAGAGAUUGCUGAUGAAGACCCCAACCAUGUGAACCUGGUUAACGGGGAUGGGGCCACCCCGCUGAUGCUGGCGGCGGUCAUGGGACAGCUGCCUCUGGUGCAGCUGCUGGUGGAGAGGCAUGCCGACGUGGACAAGCAGGACAGUGCGCACGGCUGGACGGCCCUCAUGCAGGCGACCUACCACGGGAACAGAGAGAUCGUCAAGUAUCUGCUGCAGCAGGGCGCUGACGUCACUCUCCGUGCGAAAAACGGGUACACGGCCUUUGACCUGGUGAUGCUGCUGAGCGAUCCUGACACGGAACUUGUUCGACUGCUGGCAUCUGUCUGCAUGCAGGUGAAUAAAGACAAAGGCCGGCCCAGCCACCCGCCGCCUCUGCCCCACUCGAAGGUUCGACAGCCCUGGAGUGUCCCUGUGCUGCCUGAUGACAAAGGCGGACUCAAGUCCUGGUGGAACCGCAUGUCCAAUCGGUUCCGGAAGCUGAAACUGAUGCAGACGUUGCCGCGUGGGCUGUCCAGCAACCAACCGUUGCCUUUCUGUGAUGAGCCAGAGCCAGCGCUGGACUCCACGAUGAGGGCGGCACCCCUGGACAAGACCAGCCGCUCUGGGCUCCCCGAUGUGGCCCCCAUGACCAGAGACAACGGUACUGGGAACACAAGAGGAGAAAAGGAAGAUGCGUUACUGACAACCAUGCUUCGAAAUGGAGCCCCCUUCACCAGACUCCCGAGCGACAAGCUGAAGGCAGUCAUCCCCCCUUUCUUGCCCCCUUCCAGCUUUGAGCUGUGGAGCUCGGAUCGAUCCCGGACAUGUCAUAACGGGAAGGCAGACCCCAUGAAGACUGUGCUGCCUCCGAGAGCUGGCAGAGGCCCCCCCACGGCUGGGGGGAGCACGGACAGUACUCUCGUCAGGCCGGUUAAGUUCCCGUCUCUCUCCAGAAGCCCAGCCUCCCCCGCCAAUUCUGGAAACUUCAACCACUCACCUCAUUCCUCCGGUGGCUCCAGUGGGGGAGGAGGCGUGAGCAGGCAUGGAGGGGAGCUGCAUAACCGCUCAGGUGGCAGCAUAGACAGUGUCCUCUCCCAGAUCGCUGCCCAGAGGAAAAAAGCAGCCGGAUUAUCUGAGCAGAAGCCCAGCCACCGGUCAAGUCCUGUUGGGCCAGCGCCCAGCUCCAGCCCGUCUGAACUCCCGGUCUCCCCAGCAGGCGGCAGUGUUCCUGGUGGCAAGAAACUGGAGACGAGCAAAAGGCCUCCAUCUGGAACCUCCACGACCUCCAAAAGCACCUCCCCCACCCUCACGCCUUCCCCUUCUCCCAAAGGGCACGCGGCCGAGUCCUCCGUGUCCUCCUCCUCAUCCCACCGGCAGUCCAAGAGCAGCGGGGGCUCCAGCAGUGGCACCAUCACUGAUGAGGAUGAACUGACUGGAAUCCUUAAGAAAUUAUCACUUGAGAAAUAUCAGCCCAUUUUUGAGGAGCAAGAGGUGGAUAUGGAAGCCUUCCUCACGCUCACCGACGGGGACCUGAAGGAGCUGGGUAUUCAGACAGACGGAUCCAGGCAGCAGAUCUUGGCAGCAAUUUCUGAACUGAACGCAGGCAAGGGACGCGAGAGACAGAUUUUACAGGAAACCAUUCACAGUUUCCACUCUUCCUUCGAGAGCAGUGCCAGCAACACCAGGGCCCCUGGAAACAAUCCUUGUACGUGACCCUCUUCCUCGUGGUCAGCAGCGUGAGCUUUCUGAACCUCAGUGUCCUCUUCACAUGGCCGAUGCUCCCGACAUCAUCAGACCUUCCCCAUUCCCUGAAACACACUAUGCCUUGACACACCACUGUGCCUUAGUCCCCAUGCCUGAAACACCCAUUUUCCCCUGCCUGCUGUAGCAGUUGGUGAUGCUUGUUGCUGUAACAAAAGUCCGACACGGUGGAGACUUAUUCUCCCAUGAAGUCCAGUGUGGCUGCUUCUGCUUGGCAGAAGCACAUGGUGAUUCAGGGACCCUGCUCUUCUCAUCUGUGGCUCUGCCGUUCCUGGGAGCUUCCGAGUCUUUGUUUCUGGCUGGCAGAGGGGAAAGGGAUGGUGAAGAAGGCAUAACCAUUUCUUAGCUGUCUUGCUGUUAACUGCUCACAUUCCAUUGGUUCCUCCGUCUUAUGUCCCUUCGGCCACUCAUAGUCACGUGGCCCCACCUGGAUGCAGAGGAGACUGGGAAGUGUAGUCAUGUCCAGGUAGUGGCCUCCCAGUACAGAACUCUGUACUUUGAUGGGGGAACACAUAUUUGGGGCAAGAUUCGCCACUCUUCCAUAGCUUCCCUUAGGCCUUCUAACUUAUCCCUGAUGGUCCCUAAUGUUGCCGAUUGAAUGAAGCCUUUCCCAGCUGCGUUACACAGAUCUCACUCCUCCAGCCGCCGGGGCCCCUCACUGUUCUGUGUGCUGCCUCUGCUUUAGCAUGUCUCUGCACCUGCUGCAGGCAACACAGCAGCUGCUCAGGAUGUGUAUGCUGAAUGCAUUUUUCUUUCUUGCAGAGGCAGCCUUUUAUAGAGGAAAAAGGGGGAGGCCCAAGGUGUCACUUUGAGGAGUCUCUUUUCCUUCCUGACCUUCAGUCUCCUUGUCUGUGGUCAGGCAAGACAGUGCUCUGAUAUUCCAUGCUGCUCACCCCAUAACACUGUAGGGCUUUUCCACUUUGAGUGGGAGCAGAAAAUUGUUAUAUAUGACAUUGUAGAAGGACUUAGGUGCUCACAUUUUCUAGGCGAAUUUGGAAUUUUUCCUCAGGCCACAUUCCUCAGGAGGGAAUCAGCUCGUGUAGUGUUAUACUGUGUCAUAUUCUGGGAAAGGGACUUUGACUUUUAGGUCCAACAGGUUUCUGAAAUGUUUUCAAGCAUGUAAUUCAUUGACCGUCGCUUGCGGCAUUUCUGCCAUGUGCUGGGGAUGCAGAGAUGAGUCAGGUCCAGUCCCCACCCUUGAGGACCCGGACAGGAAGAGAAUAUGUGAAUGGAUGGUCCUCUCCUGAGGGGAGCACGGACAAGGGGAGAGCAUGUGCUCUGGACUCAGGCUCUGGUUCUGGUCCAGCCCUGCGGCUGGCCAGCUGUGUGGCCAGGGUCGGGUAACUUGGCUUCUCUGUUGGUGCUUAGAGCCAGCAUGCAUCAAGUGCCUGAUCUGUGGGACAUGCACAGCAGAUGGGAGCCUUUGCAGCGUCGUCACCUUUGCUGUGAUCUCCACUUGGCUGCAUGCUGGUCUCCUUAGGCGGUACAGCUUCUCAUCUCCCCCUCUCCUGGCCGUGAGCGCCCCUUCCCCCUCUGCCGGCUGCUAGAGGCAGUCAUGACCGUGCUUCCCGGAGUCUCCUCAUGUUCCCCCUCCCAUCGGUGGAUCCAGCAGGUGCUAUUCCUCCUUCGUCCUCUCAUCCUCCCCGCUGUAGAAGCCAACUUCCUACAUGACUGGAGAAGGAGGUUUUGUUUUAGACAUCACUGACAGACGCCUUGACACAUGUUCCUCGCAUCCCAGCCUUCUCUAAGGAGACACACUCACUGAGCACCUAUUUUGUAUGGCCACUGACACCAGCGUCAUCUGUCCUCACCCCCAGCCUGGGGGCCGCCAUGGUUUAACCUCAUCCUGCAUGCUGGGGACACAGACACGGAAGAGCGGAGCUGCAGGCCAGUUCCCCAGCUGGGAAGGAGCGGAGCUGGCUAAGACCUGGGUCUAGUGGGCUUCUGAGCCCAUGCUUUUGCCGACUCUUACAGACUCUUUUAAUGUAUGGUUUUAAUGUAUUCAUAUCUUCAGGACCUAUCAGUAUGUGUAGGGUUGUUUGUCCCUGAAAUUCACACGGACCCCUGAGUUAAGUGCUGUGAGUUUGGUGUCCGUUCUUUGCGCUUCUCCUGCCCUUUUCAUCCUGUAUCUGCACAGCUGUCACUUGGGUAAGUUUGAUGGAAUCUGUGUGACAUGCAGGAGCUGUGCUGGGGGUCAGCUUUCCACAAUUGCGCACCUCCAAGAUCUCGUCUAGUGACCUCAGACGGAUAGUCUGCUCAUUCUCAUUUGGCAGAUGGGAAAACAGGCUCACAGCAGCUGCUUCCUUCGUCUUUUUCACUGGAAUCAGUCUUUUUCUCCCAGGAAGUUUGUGGGCUGGUUGGUGAGAAAUCCUUGGCACCCUUUCUGGACCAUGGUCACCCACUUCCUGGUGGCCCUAUGAGGUGGUCAGCAUCAGCAUUGCCCAAAGUAUGUUCCUUGAAACCCUACUUCCAUAGAAUGUUAACAGGUGUUUUUAUGAAAAAUAAAGGA